AUGUCGACCUCGGACCUGGCCUGCGAAAAGACGCCCUCGGUGGCCUCGCCCGCCCUCUUUUCGCUCAAGGGCAAGUCGGCCCUCGUCACCGGUGGCACCCGCGGCAUCGGACAGGCCUGCGCCAUCGCUCUCGUACAGGCGGGCGCCUCCGUCUGCCUCGCCGUCCGACCGGGUCACCAGUCUUCCUCGACCCACCCGGCGCUCCAGGUCCUCCUCGACCUCACCGGCCAGUCGUCCGACCAGAAGCACACCACCGUCGACGCCGACCUCUCCAACAUGGCAGACGUCAAGACCGUCUUUGACCGUGCGCUCCAGGUCGCCCCCCAGGGCAAGAUCGACAUCCUGGUCAACUGCGGCGGCAUCCAGAGGAGGCACCCCUCGACCGACUUUCCCGAAGAAGACUGGGACGAGGUCAUCAACGUCAAUCUCAAGUCGGUCUGGCUGCUGUCGCAGGCGGCAGGACGCCACAUGGUCGAGCGGAGGUCGGGCAAGAUUAUCAACUUUGGAAGCCUGCUCACCUUCCAGGGAGGCCUCACGGUGCCGGCGUACGCGUCUGCCAAGGGAGCAGUGGGCCAGCUGACCAAGGCGCUGUCCAACGAGUGGGCCAAGCACAAUGUGCAGGUCAACGGCAUCGCGCCGGGCUACAUUGCAACCGACAUGAACGAAAAGCUGCUGGCGGACCCGACGCGGCUGCGCCAGAUCAGCGAGCGGAUCCCAGCGGGGCGGUGGGGCGAUCCGGUCGACUUUGCCGGCCCGCUGCUGUUCCUGGCCAGCUCGGCGAGUCAGUAUGUGAGCGGCGAGAUGCUCGUCGUCGACGGCGGCUGGAUGGGCCGCUGA